CCGCUCUCUGGAUCCUCUCUGUUACCAUACCUACUGGUUAUAUUGCAUUAUACUGUGCCUGAGACUCCUGAGGGCUGACUGCUGAGAGUGAGGAACACUUGGAAUUUGGAUCCGUAUGAGAAUGAACGCGCCUUUUAUGGCUUACAACACUGAAACAUACGAUGAAUUGUAGAACGGUUCUAUAAAAUAUUAACAGUCAUAUAUUGCAUUUAUCGGUUACAAGGUUUCUUGCCGCGUUCUUGGUUUAUUGCGUUGUAUUGAGAUAUUCUUUAACAACGUAAUUUUUUUAUUUGUCUUUACCGUUGUUUUGACUAAUGCAAUUGCAGUCGCAUACGUCUUUAAUUUUUUAAGAGUAAUUGGUUAUAACAAUCAAUUAUGGGAGAAUUAAAGAUUAUAGACGAAUAUUAUACUAAUUUAGAAUAUGAGAACAACGAUAAAAAAGCAUUAAUACUAGCUCUGUCUGAGAAAAUAGAAUUUGCAGAUGUUAAUAAUUUCUCAGAAAGAUUUCUUAAAGCAGCCUCUGUAAUAAAGAAAAAUUUGUCUCUUUUCCAAUCUGCUUGUGAUCAUGUAGAUACAAUUACCACUAUUAUUGAAUACUUAAGUAAUAUUGGUAUGAAGUUUACACUUGACAAAUAUGACAAAGAAUAUAAGGAAGAUGACAUAGUUUUGUCAGUAAUAUUUACGCUGCUGAAUAUAUAUAAUAUACGUAAAGGACAUACAAUACAGCUGUUUUUGGAAAAUGUCAUCAUCAAAAAAUCUGUACUGGACAAAUCAUUUCAAUAUACAUAUUUGUUGUUUAGUGGAGCUACAAAUCACAACAAUGAAAUAAUAGUUCUAGCGGAUUCAGAUUUGUAUGCGGUCAUUAGUUACUUUAGGAAUAAAAAAUAUGUUCUGUCGUUUUUAAAUAAAAUUUGGGUCCAAGAACCAAUAAAAGAAAAAUUUUUGUGGCUUAUGAAGGAAUAUCUGGAAGAUUUGAUAGAUUAUCCCAUUUAUACAUUUCGAAAGAAAAAAGAAUUAUUUACAAAGGCUGGUACAUCUAAAAAAAUAAACAUUAUAUCCAUAUGGACAGAAGAUAUUGUAUUUGCCAAAAACUUAGCAAUGUCUUUAAAUAGAGAUGUUGUAUUUAUAAAUUCGUACAUGGACUUCUACGGCGGUAUUAUACUUUUGCCAUAUAUAAAAAUAUUUGAUAAAACAUUGCAUAAAUGGUGCAACUCUAAUCUCGAUGAUUGUAAAAAGACACUGAGUAUGCAUAAACAUCUAGUUUACAAUUUAUUUUAUGAUGGUAUGUGGCAACAGCCUAUAAAAGCUACAUAUUGGAUACAUAAUAAUUGUCAGAUGGCAAAUGCAACAAGUGAAGAUGUUAAUAGAUGCAUCAGUUCAGCCAAAAAAGGAUUCAAAAUUUGGAGUGCUAAGUCUGUUACUUGUAGAAUGCAAAUAUUGUCCAAAUUUGCAUCCAUAAUAGAAUGUAACGGUAAAUCUGAUUUGGCAACUUUAAUAUUAACCUGGAUAAAAAUGUCUUUCUAUGAAAAUUCUUUAUUCUGCUCACAAAGUGAAGAAUUAGAAGUAACGAAAAUUCCUAAUCCAAAGGGCAUUAUCAUUUUGAAAGAGGAAGAAAUUCCCUUGAAAAAGGAUGAAUUUCCUUUAUUUACUCGAAUGAUACAAAUUUUAACUGCUGGCAAUUCUGUUAUUGUGAUAAACAAUACAAAUUCCUGUAAUCUAGCACCAUAUUAUAACAUAUUUUCGGCAGCUGGGAUACCUCCAGGUGUUAUAAAUUUGCUGUCAAAUGAGAAUAUACAGGAGCUAGAGUUAGCUUUAUGUGGAACGGAUUAUGCAAGCUAUGCAAAACAAUUUGUUCCAAUAAGUCAGCCGAGGAAUCCAGAAAAAAUGUUCAUGAACUUUACCACACCUAAGUAUAUUAUAUUCCCUCUUAAACAGUUGUAAUAUGUGACAUCUAAUGUUUGCGAUGAAAGCAUAAGUAUAUACAUAUAUGAACAUUUAUAUGCACAUUUCCAAAUUUAUUUUACAUUUUCUAUCAUCCAUCAGUUCUUUAGAAUAAAGUUAAUGAUUAACUGAAUAUUA